CCGAUUAGGUACCUCUGAGGCUCCUCUAACAGCUUCCCCCACCACCGUUCCUGCGACAACCUCAACAACAGUUUACCGAAUGAAAAUGCGACCAUGGCGUUGACGUGGAGGUCGUUUGACUUCUUUGAUGCUACCAAGAUCAAGAUCGCCGACGACGAAACGCGCGCCCUCUUCGAGAGCAAUCACAUCUCCAGCGUCUGCUCCGGCUCCGAUAGCCUCUUCCUCGGCACCUACGAUGGCCACGUUCACAUUGUUGGUCUCAGCUGGAAGAUAGUCCGGAGCUUCAAGGCAUACGAGACGGGGCCCAUUACCCAUAUGCGCCAGGUCGAGGGCACAAGUUUGCUAGUCACCGUUGCUGAGGAACCAAGCACUAGCGACUCCAUCAACCAACCUAUACUCAAGGUCUGGGCCCUCGACAAACCGGUCAAGAAGACAGGCAUUCCGACAUGCCUAAGCACCGUUGCUAUCAACAAUGGCAAGAAGCCGUUCCCGAUAUCCGCCUUUACCGCGACCGAAGACCUGUCCCAGCUAGCUGUCGGCUUUGCGAACGGCGCCGUCACUGUUAUCCGAGGCGACUUGAUCCACGAUCUGGGCACGAAGCAGCGCAUAAUCUACGAGUCGGAUGAGCCCAUCACGGGCGUCGAACUGCGCGUUGACGCGAACAUCACGACCUUGUUCAUCGCUACUACAUCGAGGAUACUGAAGCUGGCAAUUUCGGGCAAGGGUCAUGGCCAGCCGCCCCGGACGGUCGAGGACUCUGGCUGUGGUGUGGGAUGCAUGUCGGUCGACAAGGAGACCGGAGAUAUCGUGGUUGGCCGGGACGAUGCGAUAUACUAUUACACGCUAGACGGAAGAGGGCCACCCAUCGCAUACGAAGGGCCCAAGAAGUUGGUCUCGGUGUACCAGGACUACAUCGCUCUUGUCUCUCCGCCCACUAAUACUGGGGAGUCGGACACUAUGCGACGGCGGUUCUGGGGUGCCACAGCCGACAGCAUCUUCACAUUUACGCUCAUACAUCCGGAUAUCAGGAUCAUUGCCCACAGCGAAUCUGUUCUGUCGGAUGUCAAGCACAUCGUUCAGAUAUGGGGUGACUUGUUUACCAUUACGCAGGAAGGACAGGUAUUCCGCUAUCACGAGAAAUCACUACAGCAGAGACUCGACAUGCUCUACCAACGAAACCUCUAUACCCUUGCCGUUGAGCUGGCUCAGAAAUCCGGCAUGGACGCACAUCAGCAAUGUAUUAUCUUCCGAAAAUACGGCGACUACCUUUACCAGAAGGGAAACUACGACGAGGCUAUGACCCAGUACAUCAAGGCCAUUGAUACCACCGAGCCGUCUCAAGUGAUCAGAAAGUUCCUGGACACACAGAGGAUACACAACCUCAUCGAGUAUCUUGAGGAGCUUCAUGAGCGUGGCAAAGCGACGUCGGAUCAUACCACGUUGUUGCUGAACUGCUAUGCCAAGCUCAAGGACGUGGACAAGCUGGAGAAGUUCAUCAAGUCCCCCGGAGACCUCAAGUUCGAUCUGGACACGGCCAUCUCCAUGUGCAGGCAAGGAGGCUACUAUGAUCAAGCUGCAUAUCUCGCCAAGAAGCAUGGCGAGAACGAUCUUGUUGUUGACAUCCUUAUUGAGGAUUCCAAGGCCUUUGACGAUGCGCUUGACUUUAUUUGGCAUUUGGAUCCCGACACGGCCUACUCUUGUCUCAUGAAGUACGCCCGCGUGCUCAUCGAGCAUUGCUCGAUGGACGCAACUCGCCUCUUCGUCGAUUAUUAUACCAGCAAAUAUAAACCAAGGGUUGACCCUCCUGUUGCGGCCAACGACGCUCCUGUCACGAACAACGGAGGAGGCUUUGUAACCGGAGCUGCAAACGCUGUCCAGAACCUCAGCAACCUCCUGCCACUACCAUACAUGAACCCAUUAGCUGUAGCAUCAAACAGCCAGGCGGCAGCCAAGCCAACCGUCAGCGAUGCCGAGGUGGUCAAGCCAGAAGAACCGGCAACACCCAAAUAUACACCUCCCCGUCCUCGAACGGCCUUCUCUUCCUUCAUCGACCACCCGGACGAGUUCAUCAUCUUCCUGGAAGCCCUUCUCAAAGAAGGCACCAACUCCUUGUCAGAAGCCGACAAGAUUGACAUCCACACCACCCUCUUCGAGAUGUACCUCCACAAAGCCAACGAGAAGCCGGGUGACGACCAACACCGGGAAGAAUGGGAAUCCAAAGCCAAGUCCCUCAUCAUCUCUUCCCCCUCCAAAGACACUGCCACUACAGCACCACCACCCACAACCCCCGGCGGGGCCCUCCCCAAAAUCGAAAACUCCAACGUCCUCCUCCUCUCCCACCUCGCCUCCUUCCGCACCGGCACCGUCCUAAUGCAAGAACAAUCCAACCUCCUCUUCGACAUCUUCCGCUCCUACACCUCGGCGCGGGACACCAAAGGCGCCAUCCGCGCCCUCCGCAAAUACGGGCCCUCGGAGCCCCAACUCUACCCCCUCGCCCUCUCCUACCUGACCUCCUCGCCCACCAUCCUCUCCGAAGCCGGCGAAGCCGAGCUCUCUGCCAUCCUGGAAAAGAUCGACCGCGACGGUCUCAUGGCUCCGCUGCAAGUAGUCCAGACGCUGAGCAAGCACGGGGUGGCGACGAUGGGGAUGUUGAAACCGUACUUGCAGGGGCGGAUAGAGAGGGAGAGAAAGGAGAUUAGGGAGAAUAGAAGGGAUGUCGAAGCCUUCCGGAAGGAGACGGAGCAGAGAAGGCAGGAACUGGAGGAGUUGGAGACCAAGCCGCAGGUUUUUCAGGCGACGAGGUGCGGGGUUUGUGGAGGGGGACUGGAGAGGGAGUUGCCGGUUGUGCACUUUUUGUGUAGACAUAGUUUCCAUGGGAGGUGUUUGAGGGGGGUUGCGGGGGUUAAUGUUGAACACGUUAGGGGAGGUGGUGGCAGAGAGGCAGAGGCAUCAGCAGAGGGAGGUGAGUGCCCGUUAUGUGCUAAAGAUAAUGCGACGAUUAGGGCGUUGAAGAAGAGUCAGGAGGAGAAUGCGGAGAGGCAUGAGUUGUUUAGGGAUGAUUUGGAGAGGAGCGAGGAUCGGUUUAAGACGGUUGCGCAGUGGUUUGGGAGGGGGGUGAUGAGUGUGCCGAAUGUUGAGUGAGGGGGGGGUGAGUGAGCGAGUGAGUGAGCGAGUGAGUGGACGUAAGGGGGUGGAUGGGGUUAUGAACAACAACAGGUUUAUGAUGAUGAAUUGGUUUUAUUUAACAAGUCUAGUACGUAGCCCAGAGCAUGAAGGAGUUUUGGUUAGGUUUCAAUGAAUUAAGUCAUUUGCCAACAUGG